CUGUCGCCACCCGGUUACGCGGCCACAGGGGAAGCGGGAGGAGUUGUGUAUAGAGCCGAUCGGAGGGGACAAAUCCGCCGGGGGAGCGGGCGAAUUGGUGGCGGGCAGCCGCGGAGAGGAGCCAUGUCUCUGCUUUGUGUUGGAGUUAAGAAAGCAAAGCUUGAUGGACCACAAGAAAGAUAUAAUACCUAUGUGACUUUAAAAGUUCAAAAUGUGAAGAGUACGACCAUAGCAGUGCGGGGCAACCAACCGUGCUGGGAGCAGGAUUUCAUGUUUGAAAUCAACCGCUUAGACCUAGGUUUGACUGUUGAAGUGUGGAACAAAGGAUUGAUCUGGGACACAAUGGUUGGUACAGUGUGGAUCCCUUUAAGGAGUAUACGACAAUCAAAUGAGGAAGGACCUGGUGAAUGGCUGACUCUUGACUCAGAGGUCAUAAUGACAGAUAAUGAAAUCUGUGGGACAAAAGACCCAACAUUUCACAGGAUUUUGUUGGACACUCGAUUUGAAUUACCUCUUGAUAUCCCAGAAGAAGAAGCACGAUACUGGGCCAAAAAAUUGGAACAGCUGAACGCAAUGAGAGAUCACGAUGAUUAUGCAUUCCAAGAGGAAGAGGAGAGGCCUUUACCUGUUCCUGGCUCUCAAUGUUGCAACUGGAGCUAUUUCGGCUGGGGAGACCAUCAAAACAAUGAAGAUCCUGACAGUGCAGUGGAUGACAGAGACAGCGACUAUCGAAGUGAAACUAGCAACAGCAUCCCACCUCCAUAUUAUACAACAUCUCAGCCUAAUGCAUCAGUCCAUCAGUAUUCCAUUUCUUCACGGCAUCAACAGAAUGGAUCACGGGAUUCUUGCACUGAUUCUAUUCACAGUUAUGAGCUAGAUUAUUCAGAUCAUCAGAGGCCAAUAAGUCCAACAGGUAGCAGCAGAUAUGCUUCAUCUGCAGAGCUGAGCCAGGGUAGUUCCCAGCUCAGCGAGGACUUUGAUCAAGAUAAUGAGAGUCUGCAAGGCUCGGAUUUAGAUGAUGAACGUGACGGUGAUUCUUAUCACUCUUGUCACAGCUCAGUGAGCUGUCAGAAAGAAUCUUUGGACUGGGACAAAGAAGAUAAUGAGCCAUUGGAGAUUUAUAGUGAAACUGAAGAGUUCCAGAAGGAAGUAGAAAUUUAUGAGGAAAAACCAAAAGAGGAAGAAAUUGCUGUUCCAGAGGAUGCUAAACCUGAAACUGAGAUACCAUCAGAACAACCUGAAGUCAAACCACUGGAAAUUUACGGAAAUGAGGAGGAAGGGCAUUCUAAUAUGUCCAGGGCCAAAGCCAAUUGGCUCAGAGCUUUUAACAAAGUUCGUAUGCAACUACAAGAGGCACAACUUGGGGAAGGGGUUGGUGAUCUGCCAAAGCCACUUUGGUUUAAAGGAGGGCCUGGCGGUGGGCUUUACAGUAUUGACAGUAUGCCAGAUCUUCGAAAGAAAAAACCCAAAAAUCUUGUUAGUGAUUUGUCAUUGGUGCAGUCAAGAAAAGCUGGCAUCACUUCUGCAUUGGCAACUCGUACUCUUAACGAUGAAGAACUGAAAAACCAUGUUUACAAGAAGACCUUGCAAGCCUUAAUCUACCCAAUUUCUUGCACAACACCACACAAUUUUGAAGUGUGGACAGCAACUACUCCCACCUAUUGUUAUGAGUGUGAAGGCUUGUUGUGGGGGAUUGCUCGCCAGGGAAUGCGUUGCACUGAAUGCGGGGUCAAAUGUCAUGAGAAGUGCCAAGAUCUUCUCAAUGCAGAUUGCUUACAGCGUGCUGCUGAAAAGAGUUCAAAACAUGGAGCGGAAGAUCGGACACAAAAUAUUAUUAUGGUUCUGAAGGACCGAAUGAAGAUUAGAGAAAGAAAUAAGCCGGAAAUCUUUGAACUUAUCCAAGAGGUGUUCGCACUUGCAAAGUCAGUACAUGUGCAACAGAUGAAGGCAGUGAAACAAAGUGUACUGGAUGGCACAUCAAAAUGGUCAGCAAAAAUCAACAUCACUGUGGUCUGUGCCCAAGGUUUGCAAGCCAAGGAUAAAACCGGUUCCAGUGAUCCUUACGUUACAGUUCAAGUUGGGAAGACUAAAAAACGUACUAAGACUAUCUAUGGGAACCUUAAUCCAAUCUGGGAGGAGAACUUUAACUUUGAAUGUCAUAAUUCAUCUGAUCGAAUAAAAGUACGAGUAUGGGAUGAAGAUGAUGACAUCAAAUCACGGGUAAAACAAAGGUUUAAAAGAGAAUCUGAUGACUUUCUGGGUCAGACCAUCAUUGAAGUUCGAACACUAAGUGGUGAAAUGGAUGUCUGGUAUAACUUGGAUAAACGUACUGACAAAUCUGCAGUAUCUGGUGCCAUCCGAUUACAUAUUAGUGUGGAGAUAAAAGGAGAAGAGAAAGUAGCACCCUACCAUGUUCAGUAUACAUGUCUACAUGAGAAUCUAUUUCAUUUCCUGACGGAUAUACAAAACAAUGGAGUUGUGAAAAUCCCAGAUGCAAAAGGAGAUGAUGCUUGGAAGGUUUAUUUUGAUGAAACUGCACAAGAAAUUGUGGAUGAGUUUGCAAUGCGAUUUGGUGUAGAAUCCAUUUAUCAGGCUAUGACACAUUUUGCCUGCCUGUCUUCAAAGUACAUGUGCCCUGGAGUUCCUGCUGUAAUGAGCACUCUUUUGGCAAAUAUCAAUGCUUACUAUGCACAUACCACUGCCUCUACCAAUGUUUCUGCCUCUGAUCGCUUCUCAGCCUCCAAUUUUGGGAAAGAGAGGUUUGUAAAACUCUUGGACCAGCUACAUAAUUCCCUUCGCAUUGAUCUGUCAAUGUAUAGGAAUAACUUCCCAGCAAGCAGUCCUGAAAGACUACAAGAUUUGAAGUCGACUGUUGAUCUCUUAACUAGUAUAACCUUCUUUCGGAUGAAGGUCCAGGAGUUGCAGAGCCCGCCAAGGGCCAGUCAGGUUGUGAAAGAUUGUGUCAAAGCUUGCUUGAAUUCCACUUAUGAAUACAUCUUCAACAACUGCCAUGAACUGUACAGCCGAGAAUACCAGACAGAUCCAAAUAAAAAGGCAGAGAUUCCUCCAGAAGAGCAAGGACCUAGCAUCAGAAAUUUGGACUUUUGGUCCAAACUUAUCACACUCAUUGUUUCAAUCAUAGAAGAGGACAAGAAUUCUUACACACACUGCCUCAAUCAGUUUCCACAGGAACUGAAUGUGGGAAAGAUAAGUGCAGAAGUGAUGUGGAACCUUUUUGCCCAGGACAUGAAAUAUGCAAUGGAAGAACAUGAAAAACAUAGACUUUGCAAAAGUGCAGAUUACAUGAACUUACAUUUCAAAGUCAAGUGGCUGUAUAAUGAAUAUGUAAAAGACCUGCCAGCUUUCAAGAAUUCUGUCCCAGAGUACCCGGCUUGGUUUGAACCAUUUGUUAUACAGUGGUUGGAUGAGAAUGAAGAGGUAUCUAGAGAUUUCUUGCAUGGAGCACUAGAACGAGACAAGAAGGAUGGUUUCCAGCAAACAUCAGAACAUGCCCUCUUCUCCUGUUCUGUGGUGGAUGUCUUCUCACAAUUGAACCAGAGUUUUGAAAUCAUUAAGAAGCUCGAAUGUCCUGAUCCUCAGAUAGUGGGACAUUACAUGAGAAGAUUUGCCAAGACAAUCAGCAAUGUACUACUGCAGUAUGCUGAGAUAAUAGCUAAGGAUUACGCAUCGUACUGUUCAAAAGAGAAAGUGCCAUGUAUCCUGAUGAACAACAUUCAGCAGCUACGAGUACAGCUGGAGAAGAUGUUUGAAGCAAUGGGAGGAAAAGAUCUGAAUGCAGAAGCCAGUGACAUUUUAAAGGAGCUGCAGAUAAAACUCAAUAAUGUGCUGGAUGAUCUCAGCAGAGUAUUUGCAUUAAGUUUUCAGCCUCAUAUUGAGGAAUGUGUGAAGCAGAUGGGAGAUAUUCUCAGCCAGGUGAAAGGAACUGGAAAUGUCCCUGCCAGCACUUGCAACAGUGUGGCCCAGGAUGCUGACAAUGUUCUCCAGCCACUCAUGGACCUACUAGAUAGCAAUUUGACCCUGUUUGCAAAGAUCUGUGAGAAAACAGUGUUGAAGCGUGUUCUGAAAGAAUUGUGGAAGAUUGUAAUGAACACAAUGGAGAAAACUAUUGUCCUACCACCUUUAACCGAUCAAACGGGCACUCAACUUAUUUUCAAUGCUGCAAAAGAGCUCGGGCAACUUUCAAAACUAAAGGAUCAUAUGGUCAGAGAAGAAGCCAAAAGUCUUUCUCCCAAGCAGUGUGCUGUAGUGGAACUCGCACUUGAUACUAUUAAGCAAUAUUUCCAUGCGGGUGGAGUUGGCCUAAAGAAGACCUUUUUAGAAAAGAGCCCUGAUCUGCAGUCUCUACGGUAUGCUCUGUCGCUGUACACACAGGCUACUGACACCCUUAUUAAAACAUUUAUUCAGUCUCAGUCAUCUCAGGGAUCUGGUGUGGAUGAUCCAGUGGGAGAAGUGUCUGUCCACGUCGAGCUUUUCACACAUCCAGGAACUGGAGAACACAAGGUCACAGUUAAAGUUGUGGCUGCCAAUGAUCUAAAGUGGCAAACAACUGGUAUCUUCCGUCCAUUUGUUGAAGUUAAUAUGAUUGGCCCUCACCUAAGUGACAAGAAGAGAAGGUUUGCCACCAAAUCCAAAAACAACAGCUGGGCUCCAAAGUUCAAUGAAACCUUUCAAUUCACAUUGAGCGCUGAGGAUGGCCCAGAAUGUUAUGAAGUCCAGAUUUGUGUGAAAGAUUACUGUUUUGCCAGAGAAGAUCGGAGUGUUGGCAUCGCUGUAAUGCAGCUGCGAGAUAUUGUCCAGAAAGGAAGCUGUGCCUGCUGGCUAGCUCUUGGCCGCAGGAUUCACAUGGACGAGACAGGAUUAACUGUCCUCAGGAUACUUUCACAAAGAAACAAUGAUGAGGUGGCAAAGGAAUUUGUAAAAUUGAAGUCUGAUAUUCGGUCUGCUGAAGAGGGCAGUUGAAAAAGGUGGCCAAUCUCAAAACGUAGAUCAGAAUUUAAAACUUCAAUGUCUUAAGCUCUUUGGAGCUUCAGUUUUCUCAUCUAAAUGAAGCCACAUGCCCCAAGUAAGCAAAAAACAAAAUCAGGAGGCCCGAUUUAAGUUUUGGUAUGUGCAUGUCUCUGUGGUUGAUUUUUUUCUUUGCCAGUGUGGACAAUUAAAUUUUACUUUUUGUUCAUGAGAGGCAGCACCCAGCCCCUUAGAAAUCUAAGUAUUCAUUUGGAGUAACAACUGGAUUAACUUUUACCUUAAGGUUAAUGUCACUUGUGUAAAUAAAUCCCGCAUGACUCUACUGAGCCUGUGUACAAUGAGCACUGUGAUCCUGUCCUUGUGGAGAGACCUACAGCUGAAAGAACUUGUAUACCUCUUGUGAAAAGCCUCAGUUAACCUUUCUCUUCAACACCAAACUGCCAAAGUGUCUUUAUAUUCACUGGUGUAACCAAUUUCUAACACAUUCCACAGUAUUUCCUGAACAGAUUGUUAAUCUGAGCUGUAUUCACAAAUAGGCUCAGUAUUUUACAAACAGUUUAGGAUUAGACACAAGUUUUUGCAUUUAAUUGACUGCAUUGCAAAAAAAGUGUACAACAAUGACUUCUGAUGUAAUCAGUGAGAGUGGAAAGAUUAAUAUCUGAAAGCUAAUCCAAGGCCAAGACUAUCAAGUCUUAAAUCAGUAGUGGGAUACAGCCAUCUGGACUGGCCAUUUCAUGCACUGUUUAGCUGAAAUAUAUUACUGUAAUAAGCGUGACUAGCUUAGUGUAAAAUAUUUUCAAUUGUGGCUAAAAUUACACUAAUUCAUCCACCUAGGUACUGUCCUUAAUAUUUCUUUUUACACUUCAAUUUUAUUCCAUUAAGCCUACUGCUAUGCAUUUAUUCUAACCUUGGCCAAAAUUAAUAUUUUCUUCUUUGCUGCCAGACAAAUUAGGGGAUAUUAUUUGUAAUUUUUUUUUAAAUAUAUAGACCAAGGAUCUAAAGAGGGUAAGAAAGCAAGGCUCAGAAGAUUAUGAAUAGAAGGCAUAAAGAAAGUCCUUGGAGUGUACAUUAGUGAUACUAAUGCAAUACAUUGGAAAUAUUUGGCACCUUCCCGCCCCCACCAAAACAAGGAGGAAAGCUAACGUAUGCAAUAUUGGGAUUCAGAGUCACUCGCAUCAAAUGCUGUCACAUAAAUAAUGUGUGCUCAAGGGUUUGGUGCUUCUGUCCUCUCCUCCACACCCACCCAACUCCAAGCGGGAGUUUGCUACUUGGAUUGCCAAAAUAACUACAUCUUUAAGUAAACACUUAAGAGCUGUAAGGAUGCAGAGUUCAUUAAGUACUUACCUUUGAAAAUUGACUUUCAUUGGCCAAGAUUUUGCAAACAUUUCCAGAGCAGUGCCAGCACGUGUAGGAGCCCUGGUGAACAUGGAAGUCCAGAUUUUCCUUGACCAACCUUUCACAGGAGCUUGCUGGAAUACCACAGCACUUAUGGUGGGACACCUACUCUGGGAUCCUCUGCCAGAUCUAAUUUCUACUGCAAUCUCAUACCCACAAGGAAUUCUAAUGGCAAGUUAAUUAUAUUUCUCAUUUGCUUGCAGUAAUAUUUAAAUAAUUAAAAGGGCUUUUAAAUUAAAAUUAACAUUUAGUUUUUGAAUGCUUCUGAACAUCAGAAAUAUUCAGAAACACUGAAGAAUAUUGAUGGCCUUGACAUAUGACAAAACUGGGGGCAGGCUGUGCCAAUCAGUUUCCCCACCAUCACUUCCCCAGGACUCCUGUGGACAGGGCUUAAUUUGGUUGUGCUUGGGCCAGAUGAUGUCAAACACUAUCAUUGCAUGGCUUCAGGACUUCUCCAUUCAACAAGAUUACUGCUCCUGAUGUGGGCCCAAGUAAGUGUGCAGUAAUGAAGUAUCUCAACUCAAUUCAACAAAUUUCAAAGCAUACAGUAAGACUCCAAAUAAUCCAGCACCAUUAAGACUUGGGUGGUGCUGAUCUGGCAAGACUAUUGGAUGUUGUUUUCCCCAUGAUACCCCAACACACACUUAAAUUUACUUUUAACAUGUUACACAGUAAUAUAAUAAGUUUUCCACUAAGCCUAGGGAAUGUGGGAAACAAGAUCCUGGUGAGCCAAAUGCUGAUUAUUGACGAGUUUUACUGUAGUGGCUUUUAGUAGAUUUUUCAAGUAACAAAAAAUUAAAAGUUCAGCAUAGCUCACACCAGGAAAAGUCAAUUUUUCCAGUUAGUCUGCAUGGCAAAAUAUGUUUGGGGAUUUUUUUUUUAUUAAAAAAGAUGCUUCGUUAACACAGCUGACUCCAGCACAGGAACAGGUCCUUCAGCCCACCACGGCUGUACUGACUAUGACACCAAUCUAAACUAAUCCCAUUUGUCCACACAUGGUCUUUAUCCCUCCAUUCCCUGCCUGUUCAUGUACUUGUCUCAAUGCCUCUUAAACAUUGGUAUCAUAUCUAUUUCCACCAUUUCCCUGGCAGCACGUUGCAGGCACUGACCACUGUGUAAAAACAAACUUGUCAAUCUCCUUUAAACUUUCCCACUCUCACCUUAAAGCUAUGCUCACUAGUAUUUGACAUUUCUACCCUGGGGAAAAAGACAGUUAUUGCUUUAACAGUCAGCUAAGCCUUGCUCCCUGGUGAAACCUAGCACAGGUUCAGUGUAGAUUUUCCAGUGCGAGUUACCUUGGAAAAUGUCACGUUAAGUGGUUAGAUUUCCUCAGGAAAUCCAGACAUGCAUCUUCCCAUAACUAGAAUAGCAAGUCAACAUUGAUGGCCUUUUCAGGAGUAAAACAUGUCUGAACACAUUUAAUAUCACCAAUCUAAAUUCAUAAGCACAUGCAGAAAAGUCAUAAGUCAAAACUCUUCAGUCAUUUGUACCUGAUUGCAAUCAUUAAAAUUAAGACACUCAAACAUUUACUUAAUUUUGGAAGCAAUUUUAAGGCAAAGCACAGAAACGAAAACUUGCCAGAUUUGAAAAGGCACUUCAAACUGAUGCAUCAUCAUCUAUAAUGUUUAAAAAGUGACCUGGAGACUUCUGAUCCCCCUGGCAUUUUUCAGUAUGAUUUCAUUUUUCUUUAUGCACAAAAUGAUAAUGUACCACUUCUAAAUAUUUACUCUUGGCCUUCUCUUGAUCAGGGGAAAAAAAUAGCAACAUUGAUUACUUAUUUGAUGUCAUCUUACCCAAAGCAACAAGCAAGUAUUUCCCAUUCAGUAUACAGGCAAACUGGCCUUCUCUCUAGUCUAUGGUUGGGGGGGGGGGGGGUAAUAUUAGAAUAAUAAUUCAUAGAUAAUAGAUAAAGUGAUAAAGUUACAUUUUAUAGGAGCAGAAUUUUCAUUCUCUUCAAAGACUGAAUUUAUCCUACUUCAUCUUAUGUCUGGAUGAUAGAUGAAUCAUUCACAAUUUCUCCUGUAGCUCUUAUGUAUUUUUAUUAAAAAAGCUUUUGUCUAAUCCUAGGGGGCGCCUCAAAAUAAACUUUGCUUUGGGUUUAAAGCCACAUUGCAAUGCCAACUGUGGUAUUCUCACAUGUUCAAUGGGUGACACUUGUUUUGCUGCCUUAUGUGCUAAGUUAAUGUACAAAUUAUUUUCUUUUGAGGGAGUGCAUGACAGUAAAAUUCAAUGAAGGAUAUGGCACUUUAUGGCUGAAUAAAUUAUUUUGUUGAAGACUUGUUGGAAAAAUAGCAUGAAACAAAUUUUUUUUUAAAAAAGUCAUUUAUCAAAAUGGUGUUUUUGAUAAGUUUUCAGCACCCAGCAUGCUGAAAAUAGUUUCCAAAUACUGAAUAGCACAUCAUGAUGAGAAGCAAUUUCAUUGCAACAACUAAUGUUCCGAGAUGAAUCAUGUGGCAUGAUUUGCACUAGUACUACAUUCAUGUUUAAGAUCCUAUUCUGAACAAGUCUUCACACAUUGCAGAUUUUUUCUUUUCUCUGGUUUGUUUUCUUUAAAAAAAAUAAUCAAACAUUUGUUUAUUGGUUAGCAGCUAAGGAACUUGUGCAUACACCCAAGCAAGUUUGGCAUCCUCUUAGAAUAAACUUUUAACCCAAUUUCUCUUAAUAUUAA